GGGCGGCGGCUGCCACAGAGGGGCCGAGAACUGGCGGCGGCGGCGGCGGUCGUGAAGGGCACCGGCGGCGGCGAUGAUGGUAGUGCUGAUCUGAAGAUGGAAAGAGCCAGGCGAAGGGGAGGCGGCGGCGGCGGCGGCGGCCGUGGCCGCGGCGGCAAGAAUGUAGGGGGCUCUGGCCUAAGCAAGAGUAGACUGUACCCCCAGGCCCAGCACUCCCACUACCCCCACUACGCGGCUUCAGCCACCCCUAAUCAGGCUGGGGGCGCAGCCGAAAUCCAGGAGCUGGCCUCCAAACGAGUGGACAUCCAGAAAAAGAGGUUUUACCUAGACGUGAAGCAGAGCUCGCGGGGCCGGUUCCUCAAGAUAGCCGAAGUCUGGAUAGGGAGAGGCCGGCAAGACAAUAUCAGAAAGAGUAAACUGACCCUCUCCCUGUCGGUGGCAGCGGAGCUGAAGGACUGUCUAGGGGACUUCAUCGAGCACUAUGCCCACCUGGGCCUGAAAGGCCACCGGCAAGAGCACGGUCACGGCAAAGAGCAGACCUCCAGGAGGAGACAGAAGCACUCAGCGCCCUCCCCGCCGGUCUCGGUGGGGUCCGAAGAGCACCCUCACAGUGUCCUCAAAACAGACUACAUCGAGAGGGACAACAGGAAAUACUAUCUAGACCUGAAGGAAAACCAGCGGGGUCGCUUCCUAAGGAUUAGACAAACCAUGAUGCGGGGAACUGGCAUGAUAGGUUAUUUUGGCCACACUUUGGGCCUAGAGCAGACUAUUGUCCUCCCAGCUCAAGGAAUGAUCGAGUUCCGCGACGCCUUGGUUCAGCUCAUCGAAGACUAUGGCGAAGGGGACAUCGAAGAACGCAGAGGUGGAGACGACGACCCCGUGGAACUCCCCGAGGGGACUUCUUUCAGAGUGGACAAUAAAAGGUUCUACUUUGAUGUGGGCUCUAAUAAAUAUGGAAUUUUCCUGAAGGUAAGUGAGGUGAGGCCACCUUACCGUAAUACUAUUACCGUUCCGUUCAAAGCUUGGACAAGGUUUGGGGAGAAUUUUAUCAAGUAUGAAGAAGAGAUGAGGAAAAUUUGCAACAGCCAUAAAGAAAAGAGCAUGGAUGGCAGAAGGGCCAGUGGUGAAGAACAAGUAUGCCUCGACUAAGAUGAAAAUGAACUCCAUCAGGCAAAAGUUAAAAUCAUAGAUUGGCUAAAAGAACUGAUCCAUACUCAUUUGAAGAAAUUUCUCCUCUUUUGGGGCCCUUUGUUAUCAGUAAUACCUCUAGUAGUUUAUACUUCAAGGAGUCUGAUUCUCAUGUUAUGUUACCGGUAGAACACUCAAUUCUUAUGGGAACUCCUGCCUUCCCAAAGCUAAAUAGUUUAGCUGCUUCAACUGCUCCAGACUAUUGAAGUAUGCAAAUCAGCACAAAGUAUGACAUUCUGACCUUCUAAGUACCCUAGCUAAGAUUUACAUUGCACUAUGACAUAAGCCUGAAAAAAAUACAUAUACCUAAUAUGGAAGUGUGAAUUUCUACUUAAUAAGUUUCCCCCAAAAAGGAUUCCAUGCCUACUUCAUUAAAAGCUGCUAGGAUUACCUGUAGGACGGUUACCACAGAAACAGAAAUUGACUUCUAUUCUAAAUAUAUUUAUUUAUUUAUAAAAGGACAAGUUGAAAUAUAUUCAUUGUCCAUUGGAUAACUGAAUAUUAAACAGUCCCAUUAAAGAAUCAAAUCUUAGUUACUAUAGUAUGCUAUAAUUUCAAAUUUUGUGGUAACCCUACAGUUUAUAGUUGCCAUACCAACGCCAUGAGAGUUUUUAUUGGUUAUUCUAAGCUAGUUACAAUCCUAUCUUCACCUCUGAUGAUUGUACCAUACAUUAUUAGUGGCUUUCCAAAGUUUCAGGAAUUACUUUUUAUGUCACUGUUGCGUGGGAGGCUUCAUCCUAUGGCUUUGCUAUGGAAAUCUUGAUAUUUUACCUUUUCAUACUAAUUUGAAAGUUGUAAGAGGUUCUUUCCCAAAAUAUAUCAUAGACUCAAGGUGUUACAUUUUUUGCUGCUGCUUUAACACUGUUUCAGAGGGGUUGGUGCACCAGUUAUCUGAUAUAAAAAUACAUCUAUAAUAAUAUAUUUUAGUAGCACUUUUAGCACCUUAAGACCAUUUCAACACUUCCAGUAUAAACCUGACUUUUACAGGUGUUUUAAUUCCAGGAGAAGUUUUCUCUUUUCUAAAAAGCGUUUAGAAUAAACAUAAAAUUUCAGCCUGAAAAAAUAUUAUUUGAAGAUUGGUUAUAAGCAUAUUUGAAAAGAAAAUUCAGGCAUUUUCCAAGGUGCUCUUUAUGAUACUUAAAAAAGUUUACACAAGACUCACCCAUUUACUUGUAUGAAAAAUUACUUUCCAGGAAGUGCCACUGCAAUUUUCCAACACCUAAGCAGUUUUUUAAACAAGUGGAUAUAAUGUAUAUGUGUACCAACCCACCCUGUAUUAACUGACUGAAAUUUUAUCUGUUGAGCUGCAUUUUAUUCUGAAUGAAAUUACUGUCUUUUCUCUUGGCUUUACUCACCUCCCACACAAUAAGUCCAUAUAAUCAUGUUUAGGAGCCAAACACUGAUUUCAACCCCUAAAUAUAGCUCUCAUUGAUGAGAGCUGACUGCACGGAUUGAGAUCAGAAUGUAGCUCUUCUUCUAUAUGCUAUAAGUAAUUCACAAUUAUUUUAGCAGUUGUUUUCCCUCCAGAGGAUGUCCCCCAAAAGGUCACUAAACGAGAUGAAUUAAGAAAAUGAGUUUCACUAAUUCACGUUACUUAAAAACAAGCAGUCAGUAACUCAGACGUAUAUGCUGGUGUUGGCUUACGGAUUGUAUUUCCGGUUUCCUCAAACAGUGUGAAGGAAUCUCACUAGUUCGUUAUAAUUGUGGACCAUCUGGAUCACUGUGGAACAGCUGAAGGUUAGAAGAUGAUGUUAGUACUAGAGUUAAUAGCACAUGGUGGGUGUUGAGACUCUAAAAGUAGCAAGGAUCUUUGAACAGUCCUCACUGUAAAGUAACUAUUAUAGGCUUGAUAAAAAGUAGCUUUGGGGUCUAGGAAGGAAUGGUGUGCCCUUGAAUUACAAUACUACUGAUUGCUUUGCUGCCCAUCAUAGUGCCUAUGAAUAAUAAUUAACCUGUCAGAUUUUGGCAAACUGGAGCUGUGAAUAUUCCACUAUUUGAGCAUUCCUAUCACCAUUGCUGUGACUGUGUACUCUCUCUUAAAACCUUCUCUUCUAAUAUAUUUAUAUCCGUUGAGUCUAAAUAAUUUCCCUUUUGGAUUUUACUCUGGUAAGAUUUGAGUGUGUGUGUCUAUAUAUAUAUAUGUGUGUGUGUGUGUGUAUGUAUAUAUGUGUGUUAUAUAUAUAUAGACACACACACUACUAUGUCAGACGUAAAUAUCUUUAACUCAUUGUAUAUAAAUAUUAUUAGUUUAAUUUUUCAUUAACAAUUUAAGUUAAAAAUGGGUUAAGCAGCCAAAUUUUCUACAUGGUAUGUAGAAAAUAUACUUCAAAGUUUUUACCAUCUCAAAGCUAUAGAUUGCAUAGAUGCAUAUAUACCGGCAGUUGAAUAUACUUUAAAAUCAUUAAGCCUUCUGCCAGUCCUUUAGUUUCUUUUUUUCCCAAAGUUAAUGUUCACUGAAAAAGGAAAUGAUGCUAUGAUUUUUUGAUACUUAAAAUUUCCAAUCAUUCAUUAGCCAUAAUCCAGUAAGAUCCAGUCCAAAACUCUGGUAUUAGGACAUGUAUUGCCAUGUAUCUUAUAAAAUAAGCUACUACUCUUAUCUGUGCAAUAUACAUUUUAUUUAUUGUCAUUUGUAUCACAAAUGGAGCUGCAAGUGUACAUGGUAUUCUUCAAAAUACUAGGAUCCCUGCCUUAAAGAUAUAAAACUCUUAAGGCAACUGGAUGUUAGCAAUCAAAAAGUGAGCAUUUAAGUUAGUAACCAAAAUUACUCUUUCACUAUAUAAUUCUAAAACACUGAUGAUGUUUGCACAUAAUAAUCCAAGCAUAAUGUGGUACAGACUCAAAACUGUAAUCAUAUAAGCUGAUAGUACGAAAUCUGGAAACGGGUUCCUCUUCAUUGUUGGCAGUGUGCUCCUACCAAUUGAAAGCAGCACUAAUCUGUUGCUUAUAUGCAAGAGAUGCAAUGUAUUAUAAAAGUAUUCAACUUCUGCCACAUUUUAUAAUUUUCCUUGUUAAAGCCCCAAACUGCCAUGUCCCUUAAACUUGAGUCAAACACAAGCUUAUUUGCACUAAAGAGCAUGGCCAAAAAAUAAAUGACAGGGUGGAAAAGCUAGUUGGAACCUCUUGAAAUAAUGGGUUCUAAUGGGGGAAUUUCACAUUUGUCUAUUUGAAAGCUAUAUGGUCCAGGCAGACAAUCUGUCAGUUCACUAAUUUAAUAAUGCACUUUACCUUUUGUAUAUAAAAGAUGUACAUUUAUGCCACUUGACUGGUGGGACGUGUUUCAAUAACUGUGUAGUUUAGAAUCUGUAGGGUGAGCUCUUGCAUGCAUGUUUGUGUUGGAACUGCUGUAGUAACAAGUUUCCAUUCAACCAGUGUCAUGGAGAAGGCUAGAAGAUACCUCUGAAGUAAAUCCCAAGACACCUAACAAAGAAUUUUAGAGUUCAUAUUUGUAUUCUUAAGGACUAGAAUCAAUUAAUAAAACUCUUUCUAGCCCAGACUAGUAUUACAGUUGAGAUUAUAUCUAAUUGACAUUCCCCAUAAUACCCUGAAAAUGAAUUUUGGGAAUUUGUGCAAAAAAAAAAAAAAAAAGCUUUUAAUGAUUCUGUUUCAUUUUUGAUGCAUGUUUCACUUACUAAUGAAAA